AAAAAAUACAUCGAAGGGGGUAUUCAUAUAGUGAAUGGAAAGUUCUCAAGACGCUGGUUGUGUGAGAACGCGACAACACGUCUUGAACCAGGCCGGUCAGUUCACUGUUCACGUCAGUUGACAUCUGUCCGCGAAAACAGGUGUACGUGCCAUUAAUCGAUAUCGGUGUUUCGCUUAAACCGCAUGCCUACGUCAUAUCAAUACAUAAAUAGUGUCGCGGUUCGAUAUGUAAUUAUUGAGUGACCACUAUCCGUUGAGGCCGGAUUUACUAAAAUAUGUUUUGAGUACCUGCCACAAGUGCUUAACAAUGGCCUGGACCCUGUAUUUAUUCGUUGGGAUAUCCAUUAUGACCACUUCUGCAUUCAAAUGCAAGCACACGAACUCAGACAGCGACACACGCCAUCAAUACGACUAUACCAACCAGGAGCCUCUAGGGAUUCCAGACAAUCGUGCCUCUGUAGGAGUGAGUUCACGAAUAUCUCCGAUGUCUGCCAAUCACCCACCAAACCAAGCCGACGAUGCAAAAACUUUUGCUCAAGCUAGAAUAGGAGAUGCAACGCAGACACGACGAUCAGAAAGUCCAAACAAUGACAAUUUCAAAAUUGUAUUUCCCGGGCCUACAUCUACAUCUGAAGAGCUCAAGCUAGAAAUACCAGAACAUUGCAGAAAAAUUGGUAUUUGUCAAGAUAUUCCCAACUAUCCGCACGAGCUAGCAGACAAGGCUAUAUCACAGCUGACCGAUAUUAGUGCGUUGCAACAAGAUAAACUGGACAUUCCAGCAUUACCUGACAUCGCACAAAGAGUUGGGUCUCAUGAAGAAACUCUCGAACUCUGCAAAUUUCAAGAACAGGUGAUGUACCCCAAAGCAGCACGUGAUGCCGAUGGAACUUGGCAUUUUGUGCUAAAUAAAGAGGAAAACCCUAUACAAGGUUUCAAAGUUGAGAUUUGCGAUACCAACUCUAAAUCGUGUUCUAAUAUAAUAUUCACCCAACGCGGAUACGAAACCAGUUGUAAACAAAAGUACGUGUACCGUAAAAUGGCUGUGCUACACCGCAAUGGUACCACUUCGGAUAUGUCACUAAACGUACCCAGUUGUUGUGCAUGUGUUGCCCAUGUUGUAUUAGUGUAA